UGAGUCUCCUCAGUCACCCACCGGCACCGCCUCCUCUCUGCUCCGCUGCGGAGGACAGAGGACAGAGGACAGACUCACUGCGGAGACUUCUGCACGGGGACACGAGGAAGAACACUGCAGAGAGGAGUUUAAACCUGCCACUGCUGCUGAGCCCCUCGCGAAAUCUGGCUGGGUUUGUUCGACUCUUCUGAGGACUCGUCCAGGAUCCAUCACCACUCGCUAUCCGACACACAGAGGCUGCUAUGUCUGUCUGAACCCACAGAUCUUCCUGCAGCCAUGGCCCAACAGAGCACUGAGCUGUCCCAUUGCUAGGCCACGGGGCAUCCGAGAGGGCAGAAGACAUGUUGGGACAGAGGCCCGGGGACCACUGCACUGAAUUCUGUUACUAUAGCAACUACUGUAGUAACCAUGGAAACGCUAUGGAGGACUUGUCUGGUCUGCAUUGUCAUCGUGGUUGCCACAGAGGUCGAAGGAGGUCACAGAAAUGAGUUCUCCCAGUCACAAGCUGCCUUCCUGUCUAAUCUAGGCCAGUAUGAGAUUGCCAUUCCAGUACGUGUAGGACCUAAUGGUGAGACGUUGGAUACAGAAAGGCCGCAACAUCCCAGAAGAAGGAGCCGCAGCACCGAAGACAAACUGCCUGACUCUCUCUUCUACCAGCUGUCCACGUCACGCAUCAACUUUUUGCUGAACCUAACGCUGCAGGGAGGCUUGCUGUCGCGACAGUUCAGGGUGGAGUACUGGAAGAAAGGUCGAUUAGCCUGGAGUCACCCUUACUCUCCCCACUGCCACUAUGUAGGACACCUCCAGGACCAGCCGCACACCAGCAAAGUGGCCCUGAGCAACUGCAAUGGCCUGCAGGGGGUGAUUGUUGCAGGGGGAGAGGAGUACCUGAUUGAACCCCUUGUCUCACCAGAUAACCAGACCAGGGCGGAGAGGGGGGAGAGAGCCGAGGGGCGCCCCCAUGUGGUUUACAAGCGUUCAUCGCUCCGCUAUCAGUACAAGGGUCAAUCCUGUGGAGUCAUUGAUGAGAAGUCGAUGAAAGGUGCGUCAUGGUGGCAGAGAACUCUGAAGACGCCUCCACAUCAUGUUGGUCGCGGCCAGCUGCCUCUGAAGCGCUCGGUUAGCCGGGAACGCUACGUGGAGACGCUGGUGGUGGCCGACAAGAUGAUGGUGGGUUACCAUGGUCGCAGGGACAUCGAGCAGUACAUCCUGGCUGUCAUGAAUAUUGUUGCCAAACUGUUCCAGGAUUCUAGCCUGGGGAAUGCAGUCAACAUUGUAGUGACACGGCUCAUCCUGCUCAUGGAAGACCAGCCAACACUAGAGAUCAACCACCAUGCAGGGAAGUCUUUAGACAGCUUCUGUAAGUGGCAGAAGAACAUCCAGCACCGGAGCAGCUACGGUAACGCCAUACCAGACAACGGGAUCGCUCACCAUGACACUGCUGUGCUUAUCACCAGAUACGACAUCUGCAUUCAGAAGAACAAGCCCUGUGAAACCCUCGGUCUGGCUCCUGUCGGAGGGAUGUGUGAGCCAGAGAGGAGCUGCAGCAUCAAUGAGGACAUCGGCCUGGGAACGGCCUUCACUAUCGCCCACGAGAUAGGACACACGUUUGGGAUGAACCAUGACGGUAUGGGGAACGCCUGCGGGCCCCGCAGCCAGGAGACCGCCAAGCUGAUGGCUGACCACAUCACCAUGAAGACAAACCCAUUCAUCUGGUCCGCUUGUAGCAGGGAUUACAUCACCAGCUUCCUGGACUCAGGUAUGGGCUCCUGUCUGAACAACAUCCCCCCCAAGCAGGAGUUUGUGUACCCCACCACAGCACCGGGUCAGGCCUACGAUGCAGAUGAACAAUGCCGCUUCCAGUAUGGCGUCAGAUCUCGACAAUGUAAAUAUGCGGAGGUCUGCAGUGAACUUUGGUGCAUGAGCAAGAGCAACCGCUGCAUCACCAGCAGUAUUCCCGCUGCAGAGGGAACAAUCUGUCAGACCAACACCAUAGAGAAAGGGUGGUGCUACAAGAGGUUGUGUGUGAUGUACGGGACUCGUCCAGAGGGCGUGGACGGGGGCUGGGGGCUGUGGUCUCCCUGGGAGGAGUGCAGCAGGACCUGUGGAGGGGGAGUGUCCUCGUCUAUCAGACACUGUGACAGCCCCAGGCCAACGAUUGGUGGAAAGUAUUGUCUGGGGGAGAGAAAGCGCUUCAGGUCCUGCAAUAUUGAUGAGUGCCCUGCAGGCUCUCGGGAUUUCCGGGUGAUUCAAUGCUCUGAUUUCGACAGCGUUUCUUUCCGGGGAAAGUUUUACACCUGGAAGCCAUACAGAGGGGGUGGGGUAAAGCCCUGUUCUCUCAACUGCCUGGCAGAGGGAUACAACUUCUACACAGAGCGUGCUCCAGCUGUGGUGGACGGCACGCCCUGCCGAGACGACUCUCUGGAUGUGUGCGUUAACGGGGAGUGCAAGCACGUAGGCUGUGAUCGAGUCCUCGGCUCGGACGUUCGCGAGGACCGCUGCCGGUUCUGUGGGGGUGAUGGGAGCAGCUGCACGUCGGUGGAGGGACUCUUCAACGACUCGCUGCCUGAAGGAGGUUAUGAAGAGGUGGUCAGAAUUCCUAAAGGAUCAGUGUUCAUCCACAUACAAGAGCUCAACAUCUCCCUCAACUACCUUGUGCUGAAGAGUAAAGGAGACCAGUAUUUUAUCAAUGGGAAGCUGACCAUUGACACGCCUCGCAGGUUCGAUGUUGCCGGUACCACCUUCCACUACAGGCGGCCCACUGAUGGACCAGAAACUCUCGAAGCUCUGGGGCCAACCAACAUAACCCUGAUUGUCAUGGUGCUGGUGCGGGAGGAGAACCCAGGGAUCCACUAUCGCUUCAACCCCCCACUGAACAGGGAACCUCUCGCUGGCUUUGCCUGGCACUACACCUCAUGGUCACGCUGCUCAGCUCUCUGCGCUGGAGGUGUGCAGACACAGCAGGUGGUGUGUAGGAAGCAGGCUGAUCAUUCAGUCGCCUACAAUCACUUCUGUGACAAGAAGAACAAACCCAAAGAGAAGAGAAGAUCCUGCAAUACUGAGCCGUGCUCCCCAUCCUGGUGGACAGGAGAGUGGUCGGAGUGCAGUCGCAGCUGUAACAGCGGCCUGCAGACGCGGGAGGUGUUGUGUAAGAGGAGGAUCUCUGUGACGGAGGAGAAGGUCUUGGACGACUCGGCCUGCACAACCCAACGCCCUUCUCUCACUGAGCCCUGCAGCAACCAGAGCUGCCCCCCCGAGUGGCUGGCCCUGGACUGGUCAGAGUGUACGCCCAGCUGUGGUCCUGGCUACAGGCACCGUGUGGUCUUGUGUAAGAGGGGGGAGAGCGGUGACAACCUGCCAGAGUCCAAAUGCCCCAAACAUGGCCGGCCCACCUCCAGGGUGCGCUGUAACCUGCAGCGAUGCCCUCCCCCUCAGUGGGUGACGGGUCCCUGGGGAGAGUGCUCUGCCAGGUGUGGUCUGGGUCAGGAGAUGCGUUCGGUGCAGUGUCUGACCCCCAACGGCCAGCCGUCCAACGAGUGUCUGGAACAUCAGCGGCCAGCGGCCAUGCAGCAGUGCAAGAGCAAAUGUGACCUCAGUCUGCCCAUCAGCACAGACAACCCUGAAGGCCAAAUGUCGGGAGGAUUUAUGUCAUUCCAUACAAGUCGUAUAAGUCUGAACAAUAAAGAGUGUAAAGAUGUGAACACUGUGGCCUACUGCCCCCUUGUGCUCAGGUUCAAGUUUUGCAGCCGGCCAUAUUUCAGACAAAUGUGCUGCAAGACCUGCCAGGGACACUGACCUGGACACUGUGAAGCUCUCAGCAUCCAGUUUCUGGGUCCUGUCCACACUCACAGUUACUUGUAUUUUUCCUGAAAUAGCACACGUCAAUAUCCAGACGGCGUUUGAGGUCAUCAGUCAUCUAUUUUUGGGUCUGACAGCCUUCAUGGAAAAGAUGAAGCAAGAGCUUCCUUAUGUCUGAAUGAGGCUGAGACAUCCCUCGUCAAUCGGACUUUGAUGACAAAAAAGGUCAGUUUAUUGCGUGUAUUUGCUCUCUUCUACCCUCCUCAUGCUUUACAAAACAAAAACAACAAAACUUGCUAACGACUUGCUAAAGGGUAAAAGUCUAAUUAGUUUAAGAAAACUUCCCGUUUAAAUUAAGCGUCAGAAAAUAGCAGCAUUAAAAGAAUAUGAGUAGUAUAACAAAAAGACCAUAAACGGAUUGAACAGAUUAUUUCCUUGGUUUUUGAGACAUCCAACUACUGAGAGGUGUAUGUCUACACAUAAGGACAUAAGUAAAUGUAUAUUCAGACCACAUAUUUUCUCUACUUCCUAAUGAAAGUUUAAAAGUGACCCAAUCAUCAACGUCAGUUUUAGAUAAUGUACCGGUAUUCAGGUGCGGGGCCCAAGGGCCCCUGGACCAAACCUCUGGAUGACGUGACAUUAUUGUUGGAAAUCCAAUUAAACGACCAUAAGAUGCAAAAUGACCACAAAGCAACACAUAUGAUAAACAAACAAAAGGAAGCAAAACGUCUAUAAAUGAAUGACAACCGACCAAAUGGCUCCUUCCUACCCUCGUAACUUCCGGUCACUUCGCCGGACCACAACCAACUUCAAACUCGGCCUUAAUUUUGGUCUCAACUACACACCUGUACACAGUUGUAAUACCAUGGAAAACCUCAAAACUGCUUCCGUGGUACUACUGAGCCGUUGUUUGUGUGAGAAACACAAUAGCAUUGUAGUAACAAUGAGAGGUUUGUAGUCUUUCUAAUUACAUAUCUUAUACUUCAACAGUUUUAUGACAAAAUGGAACUUCCUUGACGUGUAAACAAACCCUUUUAAAUCAAUAAACAUUAUAUGUGUAAUUCAUGGCACAAUUCAAACAGAAAAAAAAACUAUUUGUCUUGCCGUUGACUACCGUGUAUAUUUUCAUCACCAGAAGGGGCGGGACUUUGCCUCUCUCUAGACCAGCUAC